AUGAAUUAUCUCCUUGAGUCUCAGGGGAAAGGAUUUCGAAGCAAAUUAAUUGCCGCGUUCAAUGAGCUGCUUCACGUACCAACGACUAAGUUGAUUGUGGUUGAUCGAGUUAUUGAAUGCCUCCACACGGCGUCGCUAUUGAUUGACGAUAUUCAAGACAUGUCGACGCUUAGACGAGGUCGUCCGGUAGCGCAUAGAAUAUUUGGCAUCGCUCAGACAAUCAAUUCAGCCAAUCACGCGUAUUUCCUGGCUCAAAAACAUCUCGAGCAGCUCGAGAAUCCAGCCGCAUUACCCAUCUUCACGGAAGAACUCCUCAAUCUGCAUCGUGGCCAGGGGAUGGAACUAUACUGGCGAGACUCGUUGACAUGUCCAACUGAGGGUGAGUAUGUAGAUAUGGUCUUGAACAAGACGGGGGGACUGUUUCGACUGGCCGUUCGGCUGAUGCAGCUGGAAAGUGAAACGGACUGUGAUCUGGUCCAGUUGAUCAAUCAUCUCGGCAUUAUCUUUCAAGUCCGAGAUGAUUAUCAGAAUCUCCGAGGCGAGGCAUACACCAGCAACAAAGGAUUCUGCGAGGACUUGACCGAGGGAAAAUUCUCAUUCCCCAUAAUCCACGGUAUUCACCAAAGUCCAACCCACUCGCAGUUGUUAGAUAUCCUUCGCCAGCGACCGACAGAUAAUGCGAUCAAAAGUUUUGCUGUCGAACAUUUGGAAGCGAUGGGCAGCUUCAAACACUGCAGGCGGACGAUUUCUCGGCUGGUGGCGGAGGCCAAGCUUAUGGCUGCCGACCUCGGUGGAGAUAAGAUUAGCCUGGUCCAAGAAAUCCUCGAGUUUUUAGAGUUUGAGUGA